AUGGGCCUUCUCAAACUCACCCGAUACCUCCGAGGCCAAGAGCCCACAGGAUACACCUGGUACGUCCAUUUCCCCCUGCACGGCGACCCACUGACCCAAAGCGAAAUCCUUCACACGGCGAUCCAAGAGCUCCGCGACAAGAAGACGACUCUGUGGUCGUCUCGGAGCGAGGCGCCCAACGAGGGGAUGCUGAUGGAAGUAAUUGUGGCUGAUAACAAGGCGGAGGAGGUGCUCAAGGCCGCUGGGACGGUCCUCGAACGGCGGCUGCAGGAUGCGAAGAUGUCGCUUGAGCGGAUUCUCCAGAGGGAUAAUGAUAGGAGGGCGGAUAAUUAUGUUACCAAGUUGAAGAGCGAUUUGGCUGCGUUGUCUAUGGAGGGGUGA